AAUAACAUAGAAAAAUGGUCAUCCACCUCAUAUCCACUUCACACAUAUCAAAACAAAUAUAACAUUUUUCCUCUCUCUGUAUAUAUCCACUCUCGCUCUAAAUAUGUGACUGUGAGGAAACAAAGAAUUAAGAAUGGAAGAAAGCAAAGGAAGAGUGUGUGUUACAGGGGGAACAGGUUUCAUUGGUUCAUGGAUAAUCAAGAAGCUUCUUGAAGAUGGUUACUCUGUUAAUACAACUGUCAGAUCAACCCCAGAACACAAGAAAGAUGUUAGUUUCCUCACCAACUUACCCGGAUCAUCCCAGAGGCUUCGAAUUUUCAGUGCCAAUCUCAGCGAACCAUCGAGUUUCAACGCAGCCAUUGAAGGUUGCAUUGGAGUUUUCCAUGUUGCCACCCCAUAUGACUUUGAAGGCAAAGAAUCAGAACAAGUUUUAACACAAAGAUCCAUUGAUGGUGCACUAGGAAUUUUGAAAGCAUGCCUAAAUUCCAAGACUGUGAAGCGAGUUGUUUAUACUUCAAGUGCCUCUGCUGUUGUUAGUUCCAAUAACCAAGAACAUAACGAGGCGUUGGACGAAACUGUCUGGAGUGAUGUCGAUUUUAUCAGAGCUUCGAAGGCUCCGGCUUCGUCGUAUGCAGUUUCGAAGACACUAACGGAGAAGGCAGUGCUGAAAUUCGGAGAAGAGAACGGAUUGGAGGUUGUGACAAUUGUUCCAACUUUUGUUUUUGGACCCUUCAUUUGUCCUAAGCUUCCCGGCUCUGUUAGUGCUUCAUUGUCUAUGGUAUUUGGUGAAAAAGCACUAUUUGGUUUGAUCCUUGAGGCACCUAUGGUGCAUGUGGAUGAUUUGGCAAGAGCACAUAUAUUUUUGCUUGAACAUCCAAAUCCUAUAGGGAGGUACAAUUGUUCAUGUUGUUUGGUCACUGCUGAAAGGAUGUCUCAGAUUGUUGCUACCAAAUACCCCGAGUUUCGUGUCCGGAUACCAUCUCUAGACUGGUUCAAACAAAUUGAAGGUACCAGGAUGCCGAAUUUAUCAUCAAAGAAGCUCAUUGAUGCUGGAUUCGUGUACAAAUAUGGACUUGAAGAAAUGGUUGAUGAUGCAAUUCAAUGCUGCAAGAACAAGGGUUACUUGUGACUUUUGUGAUGAUUGAAACUUAUUUAAUUAAAUAAUUUCAAGAUGGCUAUGACUUGAAGUUGGAGUGAUAUGAAAGAAAUUAAUUAAAUAAGUUCCAAGAUAGCUAUGCUAAUGUUGGUUUAUGUAAUUUGAGCUUUUUUUAGUCAAAAGAUUUUGCAAAUAUGUACAUUCAGAACAUUCAGCUUCUUAAUCGAGAUUGUUAAAUGGCUGAAACAAGAAACAUUAUUGUUCAGCACUCAUUGAUAGCAA